CUUCCGCUUUCUUGUGCAAACUCUGCAGUGUAAAACUCUGCUCACUUCAUACUAAAAUAAACCAACUAAGUUUGUUUUCUAAGCGACCUGAAGCAAAAUGGCAAGAUCUCAACAAGAGCUGGACUGGCAAUCGACGAAGAAGACGGUGUUAGAACGAAGUUGUCAUAUGUUUAAUAAUCCGUUCAUGAGCGACAUCGCGUUCAGUUGUGAAGGCUCAGACAAGAAAUUCUUCGCACAUAAAUAUGUCCUCGCCACAAGUAGUGCUGUAUUUCAUGCGAUGUUUUACGGCGAGCUGGCGGAGAAGAAUUCAGUUGUUCAUCUGAGCGAUACGGACGAGGAAAGUCUGGAGGAAUUUCUACGAUUUCUUUAUACGGACGAGUGUAACUUGACAACACAUAAUGCCGUGGUUGUAUUGUACUUGGCCAAGAAGUAUAUCGUGCCCGCGCUCGCUCAGAAAUGUUUUGAAUAUUUUGACGCCAACUUCGCAGCAGAAAAUGUUUUCAUACUUUUACAGCAAGCAAUUCAAUUUGACGAAAAUAAACUUGAGGAGAAAUGCUGGGAUUUAAUAGAUUUGAAAACAAGCGAAGCUGUCGCUUCUGAUGGAUUUUAUGACAUUAAUCAAGCAACUUUAGUAGAGUUAGUGAAGCGAGAACCGUUGAACGUGGAAGAGGUUGAUCUUUUCAAAGCAGUUUUAAAAUGGAGCGAAGCGGAAUGCUCAAGAAAGGGAAUAGAAGCGAAUGCAAAGAACAAACGAGCCGCCAUGGGAAAUGCAAUCUAUCAAAUACGUUUUGCUUCUAUGACCCUUCAAGAUUUGGCUCAGAAUGCUUCCCGGUCAGAUAUACUUACACCAGAAGAAAUGCUUUUAUUCUAUGAUAAAUUGGGCAAAGUAAAAAGAACGUCCGAAGUAUGGAAUAUGUCAGAAACAAGAGCAAAAGAAGAUAUCUUACUAAGAUGUCGUAUAUUUAAUAGCUAUAGAGAUUUUUUAAUCCGGUUGACAGUGAGCACUUGGGUGGACGCACUAGGUAUAUCAUUUAGUAAGCCAGUGAAACUCCACGGUGUUCGCUUGCUUGGCUGCAAAGAGAAGGAAUAUAACGUGAAGUUAGAGGUUUCGUCUCGGAUAAUUGAAAAGAAAUUUCUUCCAAAACAGGAUAAUCGUGGCAUAUCUGGGUUUGAUGUCAUGUUACCCGUACCAAUUAAGGUUCAAGCUAAUGUUCCUGUUCAUCUGAAAGCCACCAUAACCGGCUGUCACUAUUGUUCUGCCGUUUGGGACUUGCGUGUGAAAAAGAUAGUAGAAAUAAAUGGUAUUACUAUAAAUUUUGAAACCGAGGAAGGUGGUCAUUUUGAUGGAAUUAUCUUCAGUGAAAAUUUAAAUGAGAUGCGGCAUUCUUACGAUUUUAGAGAUAAUCGAUGAAUGAUGGUGUAAACACUGUUAAUCACAUUUCAAUACAAAAUGGGAAGAAAGUAGAUGGUGAAAUGGCAAAGAGGUUGACAAUAAUUAUGCCAUAGGGAGAUUAAAGAGAAUAUCACUAAUUUUGAGGGCUGUAGGCACAAACUGACAAAUAUAACAGGAAACCUAACAUCUUUAGGGGUGACCAUUUAAUUUUUAAUGAGGGGGGGGGGGAGCAUGCAAAUACUAAUUAGGAGGAAUCAUUAUACUGUAUAAUCACACUAAUUAGGAUGAGUUUUAUCAGAUAUAAAGUUACUCCAUGUGACAUGUUAUGGCUGACAUGAUUUGCCACCAGGUUUAUGAAUUUUUAAUGAGUAUUUUAAAGGUUUGUAAACAAGUUGUUACAAAUAUGUUCACAAGCUGUUAGCGAUUUGUGUUCCCA